UCAUGAUUUUUCUUCUGGCCAACCUUCCAUUUUUGAAGCAAAUAAUUUGGAUCCUGCUGCAUCAUCAACUAAUCCAAACAGCACAUCUCAUGCUAAUGAACUUAGAAGAUCAUGCAGGCAAAGAAAACAGCCAUCCUAUUUGCAAGAGUAUCAUUGCAUGCAGGUCAAUGUUUCGGCUCAGCAAUCUCCAACUUCCUUUGAAGUGAAGUAUCCAAUCUCUGACUAUGUAUCUUACAACGCAUUGUCAAUAAGGCAUAAAGCUUUUUCAGCUACUAUAUCCUCCACCACAGAACCAAGAAGUUAUGAAGAGGCCAUCCUCUAUGAUAGCUGGCGUAAGGCAAUAAGUGCUGAAUUGAAUGCUCUUGAGGAGAAUAAAACAUAGAAACUGACUUCUCUUCCUUUUGGAAAGAAGGCAAUUAGUUGCAAAUGGAUUUUCAAGAUCAAGUUCAAACCCAAUGGUGAGGUAGAACGCUACAAGGCAAGGCUCGUUGCAAGAGGCUUCACUCAAACGGCAGGUUUUGACUACUUUGAUACCUUUAGUCCAGUCAUCAAACUCACUACUUUAAGAAUGCUUUUGGUUAUUGCUGCUACUAAAGGAUGCUAUGUCAAUUCUGCUUUUCUCCAUGGAGAUUUACCAGAAGAGGUGUAUAUGAAACCUCCAUUAGGAUUGGCAGUGCCAGCUGGUUCAGUUUGUAAGUUGGAAAAAUCAUUAUAUGGUUUGAAACAGGCUAGUAGACAGUGGCAUCAGAAGUUAUGUUAUGUUCUCAUUGAAGAUGGAUAUACUCAAUCAAAAUCAGACAGUAGUUGUUUGUUCACUAAACUAUCUGAUUCAGGCUUCACAUGUAUCCUUGUUUAUGUGGAUGACCUAGCAGGAGAUGAUUGGAGAGAAAUUGCAAGGAUUAACCAGCUCUUGGAUAACAAAUUUAAAAUUAAGGAUCUUGGUGAUUAAAAUUUUUUCUUGGUUUGGAAAUUGCCAGAAGUCAACAAGGCAUUGCCAUGUAUCAACACAAAUAUACACUUGACUUGCUUGAUGAGUUUGGGUUGAUGAAUGCAAAACCAGCCUCCACGCCAAUAGAUUAUACAAGUCAUCUAUCUAAAUCUUCAAGAACUUCUCUUGAUGAUGUUGCACCUUAUAGACGGCUAAUUGGACGUUUAAUUUACCUCACCAAUACACGGCCGGAUAUAUGCUUCGCAGUUGGUAAACUCAGUCAGUUUUUAGAUUGUGCCACAACAAAACAUUUUCAAGCUGCUCUGCAUGUGCUUCGAUAUCUUAAAGGUGCUCCGGCCAAGAGAGUAUUAUUUUCCACCUCCAACAAUCUCACACUCACUGCCUUCUCUGACUCAGAUUGGGGAGCUUGUCCAGACACUAGACUUUCACUAUCUGGAUUUUGUUUCUUUCUUGAAAAGUCAUUGAUUUCUUGGCGAAGUAAGAAGCAACACACCGUAGCUCGCUCCUCGGCUGAAGCUGAAUAUCGAGCCAUGGCUCUUGCCACUUGUGAGGGAGUGUGGCUCUCUUACUUGUUGAAAGACUUUAGAAUACCUCUCUCUCGUCCUAUUGUUAUGUACUGUGACAAUCAAUCCGCUCUCCAUAUCGCUGCUAAUCCAGUCUUUCACGAAAGGACUAAGCAUAUAGAGAUUGAUUGUCAUACUAUUCGUGAUAGAGUUCAGGAAGGACUGAUUAAGCUUCUUCCAGUUUCUUCAACAAAUCAAGUUGCUGAUAUCCUAACCAAAUCACUGUCACCUAAAAGUUUCUUCUCUUGUAAUGCCAAACUGGGUCUCAUCAAUUUUCAUGUGCCCCAGCUUGAGGGGGGAUGUAAUUGAGGUUAUAUAUUAAAUAGUAUUUUAUUUUAUUAAUUAGGUACUUCUUAGGUACUC